AUUUGCAGGAUAGAAAUUAUAAUUUGGCGGUGCAUUCCCGCAGAACCAGAGUAGGUUUGAACAAUACGGGUCCCCGUAGUUAGUGUGCGACCUAGCAACUUCCUUGUAGCGAUAAUCCGACAUUCGCCAGAAAAGAACUUCCUACUGGAAUUGCGGAGGACACUUCUAGCUCGACUGAUGCCGAUUCCGCCGCCAUGCAGCGGAGGAGGAAUCCACGUGGCAAAUAAGGAUACGAGCCACGUGUCGCUCGAGGGAAUGGUGUUUCACGGGUUUCACGGCGUUCUGCCCGAGGAACGCGUUUUGGGGCAGAAAUUCGUCGUCGACACGUGGAUGUGGCUGGCAAUUUCGCCGCACGAGCAUUCGUUACAAGAAGAUCCGUUACAAGGAGAUUCGUCGAAGGAAAAACCCUCGCGAGAGACCUUUUCACAAGAACAUUCGUUACAAGAACGAUCGGUUGAUUACUCCCAUGUGUACAGCAUUGUCCGCACAGAAUUAACGGGCGCCCCUCACCUCCUAUUGGAAAGCGUUGCAUAUUCCGUGGCCCGCCAGCUGCUGCUGACGUGUCCUGCGCUGGCACGCGUGGCAGUCCGCGUCAGCAAGCCACACGUCGCGUUCUCAGGGGUGCUAAAAUCCGUGGGAGUCCAGCUGGAGUGCCACAGACAAACACUAAGGGAGGAUGAUCGAUCGAACGCCAGCGAAACAGGGAAGAACGAGAAAGAGAAAGAAGGGGAGGAGGAGAAAGGAGGGGGAGAGCAGGGCCACACGGGCAUGGUGGCAGUGGUGGUUGGGGAGAGCAGCACUGCAAAGAAUGCACAGAAUGCAGAAGAGAAAGAGAUUUCGGUGGUGGUGGCGGUGGAUAGGGAGAGCAGCAUGCUGGUUUUGGAGGGGCUGGUGUUUUAUUGCCAGGGCGGGGCUGGGGGAAGAGAGGGGGGAGAGACGCAGGAGGGUGAAGGGGGAGGUGAGGGGGGAGAGAGACAGGAGGGCGAAGGGGGAAGUGAGGGGGGAGAGAGAAGAGGCAAAGGUGCAGAACGAGGGUCGUUUGGUGCAUGCAUGUUUGGCCCGAGAAUCGAGGUGGACAUGUGUGCGUGGGUUGACCUUGCUGCUGCAGCAGAGUCCGAUGAGCUUCAAGACUCGGUGGAUUAUGGGGAGAUCUACGACAUUGCACGGCAGCAGGUCGAGGGUCACCCUCCCCCCUCCUCCCUUGCUCCUCUCGCCUGCGCCAUUGCUGCCACGGUCCGCACGGCUCUCCCUCGCGUGCACCGAGUGUGGGUCCGAGUGGCUGCUCCCAGCCCAGUAUCCCUGCGUGGGGUAGUGGGGAGCAUUGCAGCAGAAACCGCACUGUAGGCAGACGAGCCCAGCCAGAACCCAUCCGCACCCCAUCCAACCUUGCAGCUACCAUCGCUGAUUCACUGCCAUGCAGAGUGGUUUCCCCAAGCCCAAUGGCCCUUCUCGGGGUGGUUGGUUGCACUGCAGCAAUGACUACACUCUGAAGAGAUGUGUUGAAUUACCAUAUUCUGGAUUUGGACAAUUGUAGCACUCAUAUAGAAUAGAGCUCAAACAACUCAGAAAGUGCCUGAAAGCAUCAUUAUAUGUGCAUACA